UGGCUCAUUUCCGGCGCGGCCGCUCGCUUCCCUCUGAGGAAUCGGGAGAGUGAAGAAACAACAGCCGCCAUUUUGUUGGUGUGUGAGCGAUUGAGGGGAGGGAGCGAACGAAAAGGACCGAGCUAGGCGGGUACAGCCGUGGAGGUGGAAAACAGCGGCAGAGACCUUCGGCAACGCAGGGCCCCCGGCCGGCCAGACCCGAGACAACCUGAAACCUCCGUGAUAUACCCACUGUUCUAGCCUCGUAGCCAGUAGGGGAGUACGCACUCCCGGUUUCGGCUAGAAACUCGGGACCCCGGGUGGACUCCACCCCAAUUCCUUCUGGCAAUUGAGCACGUUCGCGGGUCUAGGAAACCGCUUCGCCUCGAUUUGGAGAGCUGCUGCUGCUUCUCUGAACAUCUCCUUUCCUGUGGGUCUAUAUGGUGGAGAGGAGACGGGGCCGCUGCUGAAACGCCUGAGGCACGGCGUCUCCAGUGCCGAGGAGAGCCUUAUCCUUUCGAUAGAUCAAGCGCUCGUAACCAUCCGUAUCCUCCGGGGAGGGGGGAGAGGCUGAGAGAAGGGGGGAGGGGCCGCUCCUGCCGCUUCCUCCUCCUCCUCCUCUCGUUGCUUUGGGAUCGAUCCCGUCGUCUCACCAGAAAGGGGUACCCUGCCGGAGAGAGAGAAAGAAAGGAAAGAAAAGGAGGGGUGGCAGGCGCGCGUCCUGAAGCCCACCCUCUCCAGCUCCCAUCCCGGGAUCUCUGCUGCCUCCAUCGGGACAACAAAUCUCUCCUCCGCCUCCUUGUUCCUGCACAACAAGAUGUGAAGCGGAGACUCCUGGGACUUAGCUUCAUCCUCCUCCUCUUCACGGCUCCCUUUUCUGCAGCCAUUAGUGAUUAGCAGGGGGAGUUGAGGGGGACCCUCGGUACGUUCCGUCUGUGAUCCCCUUCCCCAGCCCCUUGUUCACCAGUGUAGGCAUUUUCCUCCGUUGCAGUCUGGUUUUGGAAGGAGUAGGAAAGAACUGCGAGCAAAGAAAAACGAUUCUUUCUCUCUUCGCCUCUCCUCCUUCGCCCGCCUCCUUGUGGCGAUGAGGAGGAGGAGGACGACGCCGAGGAGGAAGAGGUUGAUGGCGGCGAAGAGGCAGCAGCAGGAGGAAAAGACGACGACCCCCCGGAGGAUGAAGAUGGUGGUAUUGGCGGCGGCGGCGAGGAAGCACCAACUGAUCUACGGCCGGAUUUAAUUCGAUUUGUAAAUUUACCGAGCCCUUUAAUUGAUUGUAGGAAGGGUUUGUUCUGUUCUUUUCAUCCUUGUUUUUCCCUGUGGCCCGGAGAAAAGACUGCUUCCACACCCUGUUUCCCAUCUCUAUUCCCCCUUACUCACUGCUAUCCAACAGAAAUCGAUCUCGAGGAGCGGAAAAAGAGGAACUUUGUUUAUUUCUUCAGUCCAUUUCCAUACUGAUCUUCGGGUUGAUUUUGGAUCACAGAAAACGGCUGAGGGCAUUGGGGAUCCCCAUCUUCAAUUUGGGCUCUGUUUGUCUAAAAAGAAUUAAAAAUGGCCGAGAAUGUGGUGGAGUCGGGCCCGCCUUCAGCCAAGAGGCCUAAACUCUCUUCACCGGCGCUCUCUGUCUCUGCAAGCGAUGGCACAGAUUUUGGAUCUCUCUUUGAUUUGGAACAUGACUUACCAGAUGAACUUAUCAGCUCUACGGAACUGGGACUUACUAAUGGUGGUGACAUUAAUCAACUGCAGACCAGCCUUGGUAUGGCACAAGAUGCUGCUUCAAAACACAAACAGUUGUCAGAACUGCUACGAGCUGGCAGCUCGCCAAACCUUAAUAUGGGAGUUGCUGGGCCAGCACAGAAUAUGGCCAGUCAGCCACAACAGAACAAUCCUGGAAUGGGAAUCUUAAACAGUAUGGUCAAAAGCCCGAUGGCACAGGCUGCACUGACAUCUCCAAAUUUGGGGAUGGGUACAGGUGGGCCAAAUCAAGGUCCAUCAACUCAGUCCACUGCAGGAAUGAUGCCAACAGUAAAUAGUCCAGUAAAUCAGCCUGGAAUGGGAAUGAAUGCAGGAAUAAAUGCUGGCAUGAAUCCUGGUAUGUUGUCUGCAGGAAAUGGGCAAGGAAUGAUGCAAGGACAAGUUAUGAACGGUUCAAUUGGAGCUGGAAGAGGACGUUCCAAUAUGUCAUAUCCAAACCCAGGAAUGGGAAAUGCUGGUACUCUAAUUGCAGAGACAUUACAGCAAGGUUCUCCUCAAAUGGGAGGACAGGCGAGCCUCAGAGGUCCACAGCCUGGAGCAAUGAACAAGAUGGGAAUGAUGAACAACCCCAGUCCUUAUGUCCCGCCAUAUAGCCAAAACACUGGGCAGCCAAUUGGAGCCAGUGGACUUGGUCCCCAGAUGCAAAGUAAGCCGGUAUUACCUAACAGUUUGCCACAAUUUCCAAUGGACAAGAAACCAGUGCCUGCUCCUGUUAUGCCUAACAUGUGUCAGCAGCAGCAGACUCCUUCAGUUCAGCAGGCUAGUAUGGUAUCAACUGCUAUGGGAUCAGGAGCACCUACAGCAGACCCAGAAAAACGCAAGCUUAUACAGCAGCAACUUGUUCUCCUCUUGCAUGCUCACAAAUGUCAGCGGAGGGAGCAAGCAAAUGGAGAGGUACGACAGUGUAACCUUCCACACUGUCGAACAAUGAAGAAUGUCCUCAACCACAUGACACAUUGCCAGGCUGGAAAAUCCUGUCAGGUGGCUCAUUGUGCAUCUUCACGACAAAUCAUAUCUCACUGGAAGAAUUGUACCCGGCAUGAUUGUCCUGUGUGUCUUCCUCUUAAAAAUGCUGGGGAUAAAAGAAAUCAACAAUGUGCUAAUCCUAUGGGAGUGAAUGGAGGAGUUGGAGUUCAAGCCCAGAAUCUGCUACCAGAUGCAAUGUUGCAUUCAGCUGUAAAUUCUCAAAAUCCUAUGUUGAAUGAAAAUGCAAAUGUUGCUGGUCUGGGGACCAUGCCAACCGCAACACAUCCUUCUGGUAUUGGAAUUCGAAAACCAUGGCAUGAAGAUAUUACUCAGGAUCUCAGAAACCACCUUGUUCAUAAACUAGUACAAGCCAUAUUUCCAACUCCUGACCCUGCAGCACUGAAAGAUAGGCGUAUGGCAAAUCUUGUCUCCUAUGCUCGGAAAGUUGAAGGGGACAUGUAUGAAUCUGCAAAUAGCAGGGCAGAGUACUAUCACUUAUUAGCUGAGAAAAUUUAUAAAAUCCAGAAGGAAUUGGAGGAAAAGAGAAGGACCAGAUUGCAGAGGCAAAAUAUGAUACCAAAUGCCCCAGUCAUGCCACCAGCUCCUAUGAGUCAAGGGCCCAUGGGGCAGCCACAGCCUGGAAUGACAGCAAAUGGUCCUCUUCCUGACCCAAACAUGAUUCGUUCCAAUGUGCCAAAUCAAAUGGUAAAUCGCAUGCAAACACCACCAGGAAUGAAUCAGUUUGGCCCAAUAACCAUGUCAAUGCCAUCAGUUGGACCCCGACAAACCCCUCCCCUUCCACACCCUGGACAGCUAAACCAGCCUGGGAAUAUAAAUCAGAUUGGAUUUUCCCCACGUAUGCAACCGCAAGGGGUUGGUCAGUCUUCUGGUCAAAGUCAAUUUGUACCACAGAAUCAAUUUCCUGCAUUGUCCCCUGGAAUGAAUCCGGCUAGCACACCUAUGACUCAACCUGCCAAUCAGACUCCAGUUUCUCAAGCACAAAUGACCAAUUCUUCCUGUCCUGUAACAUCUCCAGCAGUGGCUCCUGGCUCUCAGGGGGGUCAUAUUCAUUGUCCCCCCAUUCCACAGUCUGCAUUGCAUCGUAACUCCCCUUCUCCAGUACCAAGUCGUACUCCUACACCUCAUCAUACACCCCCAGGAUUGGUUUCCCAACAGCAGCAGCAGCAGCAACAACAGCAACAGCAACAGCCACCUGCACCACAACAGGCAACUAUUGCCUCUGCCCCUGCUGCUGUUUCUCAAAUACCACCUUCUGGGCCCCAGUCACAAACUAUGCACCCCUCUCAGAGGCAGACUCCAACACCCCCACAGGCUCAGUUGACUCCUCAGCUGCAACCUCCAGUUUCUGUUACCUCUUCUGCAGAGCAGCAGUUGCCACAGCAACCUCUUUCACAACAGAGCACAACUGCAUCUGUACCCACCCCAACAGCGACACUGCAAACUCAACACCCUACAACACCUCUUUCACAGCCUGGUGCAAAUAUUGAUGGGCAGGUAUCAAAUCCACCAUCCACCAGCAGUGCAGAUGUAAACAUUCAGCAAGCUGCCCCUGAGCAGCAGCAACAGCAGCAAACUUUACCUGAAAGUAAAAAGGAGGUUAAAAUGGAAGAGGAGGACUCUGAACACACAGAUCAUCAAAUAGAUGAGAAACCAGAGAUUAAAGUAGAACCCUUAGCAGAUGAAUGUAAAUCUGAACCAAUGCAACAGGAGGAAAAGAAACCAGAAAUGAAGCAAGAAGUAAAGGAAGAAGAGGAAAGGCCUAGUACUCCAGGUACCCAGUCUUCACCAGCUUCUGGACAGUCAAAGAGAAAAAUUUUCAAGCCAGAAGAGUUGAGACAGGCACUUAUGCCAACUUUGGAGGCACUGUAUCGCCAGGACCCAGAAUCCCUUCCUUUCCGGCAGCCUGUGGAUCCUCAACUAUUAGGAAUUCCUGAUUACUUUGAUAUAGUAAGGAACCCCAUGGAUCUUUCUACUAUCAAGAGAAAGCUUGAUACAGGACAGUACCAGGAACCUUGGCAAUAUGUGGAUGAUAUUUGGCUUAUGUUCAAUAAUGCCUGGCUUUACAAUCGUAAAACAUCUAGAGUGUACAAGUACUGCUCCAAGUUGGCAGAGGUUUUUGAGCAAGAAAUUGAUCCAGUUAUGCAGAGCCUCGGCUACUGCUGUGGAAGAAAGUUGGAAUUUUCACCACAAACUUUAUGUUGUUAUGGCAAGCAAUUAUGCACAAUUCCACGAGAUGCUACAUAUUACAGUUAUCAAAACAGGUAUCAUUUCUGUGAGAAGUGCUUCAACGAAAUCCAAGGGGAAAGCGUUUCUUUGGGGGAUGAUCCAUCACAACCACAAACCACAAUAAAUAAAGAUCAGUUUUCAAAAAGAAAAAAUGAUACACUGGAUCCAGAACAAUUUGUUGAAUGCAUUGAAUGUGGAAGAAAGAUGCAUCAGAUUUGUGUACUUCACAAUGAAAUAAUCUGGCCAUCUGGCUUUGUCUGUGAUGGCUGCCUAAAAAAAUCAGGACGAACUCGAAGAGAGAACAAAUUUUCUGCCAGAAGAUUACCAACCACUAGACUUGGUACCUUCUUGGAAAACAGAGUGAAUGAGUUUCUGAGACGACAGAAUCAUCCUGAGUCAGGCGAAGUCAUUGUUAGGGUGGUUCAUACCUCAGAGAAAACUGUAGAAGUGAAACCUGGAAUGAAAGCAAGAUUUGUAGAUAGUGGAGAGAUGGCAGAACAAUUCCCUUACCGAACAAAAGCACUUUUUGCUUUUGAGGAGAUUGAUGGUGUAGAUUUAUGCUUUUUUGGCAUGCAUGUUCAGGAGUAUGGGUCCGAUUGCCCUCAACCCAACCAGAGGCGAGUAUACAUAUCUUACCUUGAUAGUGUUCAUUUCUUCCGCCCUAAAUGCCUGAGGACUGCUGUCUAUCAUGAAAUUCUGAUAGGUUACCUAGAGUAUGUUAAGAAGUUGGGCUAUACAACUGGACAUAUCUGGGCUUGUCCACCUAGUGAAGGAGAUGAUUAUAUUUUCCACUGCCAUCCUCCUGAUCAAAAAAUUCCCAAACCAAAACGACUGCAAGAGUGGUAUAAAAAAAUGUUGGAUAAAUCCGUGUCAGAGCGCAUUGUCCAUGAUUAUAAGGACAUUUUCAAACAAGCAACAGAAGACCGUCUAACAAGUGCAAAAGAGCUGCCCUACUUUGAAGGAGAUUUCUGGCCAAAUGUUCUAGAAGAGAGCAUAAAGGAAUUAGAGCAAGAGGAGGAAGAGAGGAAAAGGGAAGAGAACACUAGCAAUGAGAGCACUGAUGUUAGCAAAGGAGAUAGUAAAAAUGCCAAAAAGAAAAACAACAAGAAGACCAGUAAAAAUAAGAGCAGUUUAAGUCGUGGUAACAAAAAGAAGCCAGGCAUGCCCAAUGUCUCUAAUGAUCUUUCCCAGAAACUCUAUGCCACUAUGGAAAAGCACAAAGAGGUAUUCUUUGUGAUCCGUCUCAUUGCUGGUCCUCAAGCCAACUCUCUGCCUCCCAUCAUUGAACCUGACCCACUUGUUCCCUGUGACUUAAUGGAUGGACGUGAUGCCUUCCUUACCCUUGCUAGAGACAAACAUCUUGAGUUUUCUUCACUACGAAGAGCAAUGUGGUCAACUAUGUGUAUGCUAGUAGAGCUGCAUACACAGAGCCAGGACCGUUUUGUGUACACCUGCAACGAAUGCAAGCACCAUGUGGAGACAAGAUGGCACUGCACUGUUUGUGAGGAUUAUGACUUGUGCAUUACCUGCUAUAACACUAAAAACCAUGAGCACAAGAUGGAAAAACUGGGCCUUGGUAUUGAUGAUGAAAGCAACAACCAACAGACAGCCACCACUCAGAGUCCUGGUGAUUCACGUCGCCUGAGUAUCCAGCGCUGCAUCCAGUCUUUAGUUCAUGCCUGCCAGUGUCGCAAUGCCAACUGUUCACUGCCAUCUUGUCAAAAGAUGAAGAGAGUUGUCCAGCACACCAAAGGCUGCAAACGCAAAACCAAUGGAGGGUGUCCAAUUUGCAAACAACUCAUCGCUCUUUGCUGCUACCAUGCUAAGCACUGCCAGGAGAACAAGUGCCCAGUGCCAUUUUGUCUAAAUAUCAAACAUAAACUUCGUCAGCAACAGCUUCAGCAUCGCCUACAACAGGCCCAGAUGCUUCGGAGGAGGAUGGCAAGCAUGCAGAGGACAGGCAUAGUAGGACAACAGCAAGGGUUGCCUUCACCUACACCAGCCACACCAACUACUCCAACAGGCCAGCAGCCACCAACUCCUCAAACACCACAGCCUCAGCCUCCACCACAGCCUGCUUCACAACCACAGCCUGCACCUCCUAAUAACAUGCCUCCAUAUAGCAUUGCAAGAACUCAACCUCCUGGUGCUGUGUCUCAAGGCAAGGCGGGUGGCCAGGUAACUCCUCCAACAACUCCUCAGACUGUUCAGCCACCUAUCCAGGGUCCUCCUGCAGCUGCUGUGGAAAUAGCCAUGCAGAUACAACGAGUAGCAGAUCACCAGCGGCAGAUGGCUCAUGUUCCAAUCUUCCAGAGGCCUAUUCAACACCAGAUGCCUCAAAUGAAUCCAAUACAGCCUAUGAGUGUAACGCCACCUCAGAUGGCCAGGGGUCCCGGUGGGCACAUAGACCAAGGGAUGGGAUCAACAGGAAUACAGCAGCAGCCAGCAUGGGCCCAAGGUGGGUUGCCACAACCACAGCAACUGCAGCCAGGAAUGCAAAGACCAACCAUGAUGUCAAUGGCCCAAUCUGGACAGCCAAUGAAUAUGUCACCGCAACCAGGAAUGGGUCAGGUACCUGGUGCAGCUUCAUCAAAACCAGGCUCUCUGCCUCAGGCAGCCUUACAAAACCUGCUGCGGACUCUCAGGUCUCCCAGCUCUCCCAUGCAGCAGCAGCAGGUGCUUAACAUCUUGCAUUCAAACCCUCAGUUGCUAGCUGCUUUCAUUAAGCAGCGAGCUGCCAAGUAUGCGGGUAACCCAAAUCCACAAGGCAUGCCGGGACAGCCUGGAAUGCCUCAGGGCCAGCCAGGUCUGCAGCAGCAGCAGCAGCAGCAGCAGGUCAUGCCAGGACAACAAGGUGUUCACUCAAAUCCAGCCAUGCAGAACAUGAAUCCAAUGCAAGCAGGUGUCCAGAGGCCUAGCAUGCCUCAGCAGUCACCGCCUCAGCAGCCUCCACCCCAACAAGCCAUGGGCGGGAUGAAUCCUCAGGCACAGCCGAUGAACAUGAAUCAUUCGGGGAUAUCUCCCCAGUUCCGGGAUCUCCUGCUAAGACGACAGAUGAUUGAACAACAGCGUCAGCAGCAGCAGCAGCAACAAGGAACAGGACCCAAUUUAGGUCCUGGCAUAGCCAAUCAUAACCAGUUCCAACAGCCUCAAGGAGUUGGGUAUCAGCAGCAACAGCAGCAACAGCAGCGAAUGCAGCAUCAUAUGCAGCAGUUGCAGCAAGGAAAUAUGGGACAGAUGAGCCAGCUUCCUCAGGCCAUGAGCGCAGACACAGGAUCAAAUUUGCAGCAGGCUUACCAACAGCGAUUACUCCAACAGCAAAUUGGAUCCCCAGCGCAGCCGAAUCCUAUGAGUCCUCAGCAACACAUGCUUCCUAAUCAGGCCCAGUCCCCACACUUACAAGGUCAACAGAUUCCAUCAUCACUUACCAAUCAAGUUCGUUCUCCGCAGCCUGUUCCCUCACCACGCCCCCAAUCCCAGCCACCCCAUUCCAGCCCUUCCCCUAGGAUGCAGCCUCAACCUUCUCCACAUCACGUCUCCCCACAGACCAGCUCCCCACAUCCAGGAUUGGUAGCUGCCCAAGCUAACCCCAUGGAUCAAGGGCACUUUGCUAGCUCGGACCAGAGUGCAAUGCUUUCUCAGCUUGCUAGUAAUCCAGGCAUGGCAGGGCUCCAUGGUGCAGGUGCCACAGAACUGGGACUCAGCUCAGAUAAUUCAGACUUAAAUUCAAAUCUUUCACAGAGUACACUAGACAUACGCUAAGAUACCUUGUAGCAUUUUGGGAGCAAAAAAAAAAACUUAUUUUCGCAAGACGUUUUGUACUGAAGACAAUUUUUUGAAUCUUUCUUAGCAGAACAUUUUCCCUGGAAUACACCUGAAAUCUGCAACAGUAGUUUGUGGUUUUAAAAACAAACAAAAAGAAACCCCAACUGAAAUGGGGGACAAUGGAAUACAAAGAAAAUAUAUUUUUGUUAUGGCUGGGACUGUAACCAGUCCUUUUUUUUGUUUUUGUUUUCCCUUCGCGUGCGUUGGGGAGGUGCUUGGGAGUGGAUAGUUGUUUGGCUGCUGACCAAAUGACUUCCUUCACUAGCCUCCAAUAGGUUUUAUUUUUUUUAAAUUAAUGAAAAUAUGUAAUAUUGAUAGUUAUAAUUUACUGAGGCAAAUGGUUAACUUUCCCCUAUUCUGGUUUUCCUCUUGUCUAUUGCAAAAACAACAACAAAACAAAACAAAACAAAAAGAACAUUACCUAAACUGGAGGACAAAAAGGUGAAUGUUGCUUUAAAAUUACAGUGCAUAUAUAUAUAUAUAUAAAUAUAUAUAUAAAUAUAUAUUAAAGAUAAAUACCAAUUUUCUUCCUUGGUUGGAAAGAUGUCAAUUCUUUUAAAAACUGUAAAAAAAAUAUUAAGAAAUCCAGUCUCCCCUCCGAAGUCUACUUUUGUCCUCCAAGAAUUUUCUAUACCAGAGUCUGAGCUUAAACUUCAAGUAUUAAAAUUUGUACAUGUAGAAAAGAAAACUUUUUUGCAAAUAUAUGGGGGCAGCUGCCAAAUGGAUGUAGUAUAUAUAUUGUGGUUUGUUUUCCUGAAAGAUUUUUUGUUAUUUUUACAUCUAACAAAGGAAAAAACUAAAGAGGGUAAGAAACUAUUCCAAGGGUAAAAUUUUAACCUGAGUGAAAAUCCCUGGGGUUUCUUCUUUAUGCUUGCUUUCUCUUUCCCUUCCUUCCCUUUUUCUCCUCUUCCAUUUUCUGUAAAACUUGAAAAUAGAAAGCAAAAAACCCUCAAAUGUUGUAAAUCAUGCAAUUAAAGUUGAUUACUUAUAAAUAUGAACUUUCGAUCACUGUAUAGACUGUUAAUUGAUUUCUUAUUACCUAUUGUUAAAUAAACUGUGUGAGACAG